UCUCUAGAAAUCUCUUAACGAGGAGAGAGAAAAUAGUAUUAGUGAAACCCUCCGAUCUGUUUUCGAAAUAUCUCAUCAUCCAAUUCAAAGUUUUGGGGAAAAGGGAAAGUUAUGUCGUCUCUUAGCAGGGAGCUUGUGUUUUUAAUACUUCAGUUUCUAGAUGAAGAGAAAUUUAAAGAAACUGUUCACAGGUUGGAGCAAGAGUCUGGGUUUUUCUUCAAUAUGAGAUACUUUGAGGAAAUGGUGACGAAUGGGGAAUGGGAUGAGGUGGAAAAAUAUCUUUCUGGAUUUACAAAGGUUGAUGAUAACAGAUAUUCAAUGAAAAUCUUCUUUGAGAUACAAAAGCAGAAGUACCUAGAAGCUCUAGAUAAAAAGGAUCGUGCUAAAGCGGUAGAAAUUCUAGUGAAGGACUUGAAAGUGUUCUCUGCUUUUAAUGAAGAUCUAUUUAAAGAAAUAACACAGCUUUUGACUCUGGAGAACUUCAGAGACAACGAGCAAUUAUCCAAAUAUGGAGACACCAAGUCAGCUAGAAGUAUAAUGUUGGGUGAACUUAAAAAGUUAAUUGAAGCAAAUCCUCUUUUCCGUGAGAAGCUAACUUUUCCAACUUUAAAGAAUUCGAGACUAAGGACACUCAUCAAUCAAAGUUUGAACUGGCAACAUCAGCUGUGCAAAAACCCGAAGCCCAAUCCGGAUAUAAAAACUCUGUUUGUUGAUCAUUCUUGCGGGCAGUCACAGCCAAAUGGUGCACGAGCUCCAUCCCCUGUCACCAAUCCGUUAAUGGGUGCUGUACCAAAGCCCGCAGGCUUUCCACCACUGGGUGCUCAUGGUCCUUUUCAGGCCGCACCAGCUCCUCUACCCACAUCUCUUGCUGGUUGGAUGGCAAACCCAGCUCCUGUGCCUCAUCCAGCAGCUUCUGCUGGACCCAUUGGUUUCACUCCACCUAAUAGUGCUGCUCUAUUAAAGCGCCCCCGGACUCCUACCAACAAUCCAGCUGUAGACUAUCAAAAUGCUGACUCUGAACAUGUAUUUAAGAGAACAAGGGCAUUUGGCAUAUCUGAUGAAGUUAAUCAUAUGCCUGUAAAUAUCUUACCCAUUGGAUAUGGUGGCCAGAAUCACGGUCAAAGCUCGUAUUCAUCUGAUGAUCUGCCUAAAGCUGUGGCGAUGACCCUAAAUCAGGGAUCAGUUGUCAAGAGUAUGGAUUUUCACCCGGUACAGCAAAUUCUGCUUCUUGUUGGAACGAACACCGGAGAUAUUAUGAUAUGGGACUUAGGUAGCAGGGAGAAGCUUGCUCAUAAGAAUUUCAAGGUUUGGGAUCUUGUUGUUUGUUCAAUGCCACUGCAGGCAUCUGUGACCAAUGACUAUACCGCAUUAAUCAAUCGUGUUACUUGGAGCCCUGACGGAACCCUGUUUGGUGUUGCAUACUCGAAGCACAUUGUGCAGUUAUACUCUUAUCAUGGUGGUGAUGAUCUACGGAAUCACUUGGAGAUUGAGGCUCAUGGUGGCAGUGUAAAUGAUCUUGCUUUCUCUUACCCAAACAAACAACUUUGCAUUGUAACAUGCGGAGAUGAUAGGUUGAUAAAGGUGUGGGAUGCAGUAACAGGGGCUAAACAGUAUACGUUCGAGGGUCAUGAAGCACCUGUAUAUUCUGUAUGCCCGCAUUUUAAGGAAAAUAUUCAGUUUAUUUUCUCAACGGCAACUGAUGGCAAAAUAAAGGCAUGGUUGUAUGACAAUAUGGGUUCAAGAGUGGACUAUGAUGCACCAGGUCAUUCAUCCACCACAAUGGCGUACAGUUCCGAUGGAACAAGAUUAUUCUCAUGUGGGACAAAUAAAGAAGGAGAUUCUUACAUUGUGGAAUGGAAUGAAAGUGAAGGUGCUGUUAAACGUUCAUAUAAUGGGCUUGGAAAGCGAUCUAUUGGGGUCGUACAGUUUGAUACUACAAAAAAUCGCUUUCUUGCUGCUGGCGAUGAGUGUGUGGUAAAGCUUUGGGAUAUGGACAAUGUUAACUUGGUGACAACCAUAGAUGCUGAGGGUGGUUUACCGGCUUCUCCUUGUAUACGAUUUAACAAGGAUGGAAUUCUGCUGGCUGUUUCAACAAGCGAAAACGGAAUUAAAAUCCUAGCAAAUCCAGAUGGGCUUAGGCUACUAAGAAGUAUGGAGAAUCGUUCUUUCGAUGCCUCCAGAGCUGCGUCUGCAUCUGUUGUGAAGACUUCUACGAUGACUACGUUUGUUGCUGCUGCUAAUGCAUCUGGUGGGCCAAGCAUCAUGGAUAGAGUUAAUCCAAUGCCCUCCAUGGUGAUGAUGAAUGGCGAUAACCGAAAUUUGGUAGAGAGGCCCAGAAUUGGAGAUGAGUCUAUGGACAAAUCUAGAAUGUGGAAACUGACAGAAAUCUCUGAACCAUCACAGUGCCGCUCAUCAAGGCUUCCAGAUAAUGCAUCUUCAGCAACACGGGUUUCAAGAUUGAUUUACACUAAUUCAGGUCUUGCCAUCUUAGCUCUAGCAUCCAAUGCUGUCCAUAAACUAUGGAAAUGGCAGAGAAAUGACCGUAAUACAACUGGGAAGGCAACUGCUAGUGUACUGCCUCAGCUAUGGCAACCAAAUAGUGGUAUAUUGAUGACAAAUGAUACAAGUGAGACAAACCCUGAAGAUGCUGUUUCAUGCUUUGCACUAUCAAAGAACGACUCUUAUGUUAUGUCUGCUUCAGGCGGAAAGAUUUCUUUGUUCAAUAUGAUGACAUUUAAGACUAUGACUACGUUCAUGCCCCCUCCGCCUGCAGCAACCUUUCUGGCAUUCCAUCCACAAGAUAACAACAUAAUUGCCAUAGGCAUGGAUGACUCUUCUAUCCAAAUAUACAAUGUCCGAGUUGAUGAGGUCAAAACCAAGCUUAAAGGCCAUCAUAAACAAAUAACAGGCCUGGCCUUCUCUAAUGUGCUUAAUGUGCUAGUAUCUUCUGGUGCUGAUUCUCAGUUGUGUGUGUGGAGUACGGAUGGAUGGGAGAAGCAAACAAGUAAACAAUUGCAAAUCCCAGGGGGACGCGUUGCUGCUCCCCUUGCUGAUACGCGUGUACAAUUCCACCAAGAUCAGACACACUUGUUAGUCGUCCACGAAACUCAGAUAGCGAUUUUUGAAGCUCCUAAACUUGAAUGCCUGAAGCAGUGGGGCCCCCGAGAGGCAAGCGGGGCGAUCACACAUGCUGCUUACUCAUGUGAUAGCCAAUCAAUAUAUGUCACUUUUGAGGAUGGAAGUAUCGAUAUUCUAACUGCAUCAACACUCAGAUUGCGUUGUCGGAUCAGUUCCACAGCGUAUCUGCCCACAAAUCCAAAUUCAAGGGUGUUUCCACUUGUGGUUGCUGCACAUCCAUCGGAACCCAACCAGUUUGCUUUGGGACUUAGUGACGGCAGUGUAUGUGUAAUUGAACCACUUGAGUCAGAAGGGAAAUGGGGCAGCUCACCCGCAGUAGUUGAAAAUGGUAAUGGUGCUGGACCAAGCGCUACUGCCGCUGCCGCUGCUGCAAAUACAACGGAUCAAGCUCAGAGGUAGUGCUUUUUAAAACUUUUUCCGAGCAAAAGAUUUAGGUAGAUAGUGUUUUAGAGUUUAGAUUAGAAUCAGUAGUAGGAAGGAAAGAAGAGUUUUGAUUGUAAAUUUCAUGAACAAAAGAUCAGGUUGGUUCGGGCCGGGUUGGGGGAAUAUGAGUGAAAUGUUGUUAUUGUUAUUGUUAUAUGCCCUCGAAUGCCGUUUUUCUUUUAAUCAUCUUAAUUAAACUACAAGUAAAAGUUGCUCAUGAAGUUGUUAUCGGAC